CAAAAACGAGCGCAUCAGACCAAUGUCUGGCAAAAUAAUUUUUAAAAAGUAUGAAUUGUACCAUUAAGAAGAAAAGACGAGUUGGCAUUGUAGGAUAUGGACAUAUAGGUAGGAUAGUUAACAUAUCCACUCGAUUUUACCACCAUUAGAUCUUAACUAAUGAUUAAAACUUCAACUAAUUUCCAAGGUACCACGAGCUCUUUUUAGUAGUUUAGGCUGGAACGUCGUACACCCACGAAAUUCGAAACAACAGGCUUCAAUAGAAGUGACACUAGGUCUUUCUUAUACGACUCAUUUUGGAGUUUUUGCUUCUCAUAAAGGAUAUCUCAUCGUCAUUAGAUCAUGAUCAGUGGUGCUUUAAAGUGCAUUCUGCCUAACUGUGCAAAGAAACUGCUAAGCUAUAUAUGCAAUAUAACAAUACCACGUGCAAGUCCUUUGAGAACAGUGUAGUGCUUUCAAUGUCGAGUAAUUGAUUAACAGACCUACAAUUUUUUUCCAUUUCUUUUUCGGUAGGAAAAUAUUUAGUUGAGGAAAUAUUAAAGAGAGACGAUCUUGAGCUCAGUUUUGUUUGGAACAGAACUUCUGAAGCUCUCCGGAACAAAAUAGAUGAUCGCUACAUUCUGGAAGAUUUAUCGUCCUUUGCAGAAAGGUAUUCUUGGUAAAUUAAGUUUAUAUUGUUUGAAAAGAGAUAAUACUUAACUUAUAAAAGUGAAAAUACCUUUAGAGGAUACCAGAAUCUUGUUUUAACCCAUUUACACCUAGAAGUGAUUAACGUAUAACUUCUCCCUCAAAUAUUUACACGUUAUACAGCAAACAGGUAAUGAGAAUACUCAAACUUAUCAGGUAGAAGUUGUUAUCCUGAUCUAACACAAAGGGGCAUAGCUUCAGGCUGAAGAUUUUUCAUUUCAGAUAUUUUUGAUGCUCUAGCAUAUUUUUUUAAUCAAAUACUUCUAAUAUUUCUACAUAACAUGUAUCAGAUCCUGAUACAUAUUUUGAUUUAAAAUAACUGGUUUUUUUUUUUAAAUGGUGGUUUUACAGGACUCCAGAUUUGAUUGUUGAGGUUGCACAUCCUUCAAUCACAGUAGAGUUUGGUGAAUCAUUCCUUGAUGUUGCUGAUUACAUGGUAUGGAACUGAUCUUUUAACAUUAUUAAAUUUUUGUCACCUCUAAAUAUUUAUAAUGUUUUGUCUUUCACUUAAUGCAGCUAUAUUUUGAUGCCCUACCCUGCAUCAGGAGCAGUUUUUAACUCUCUCUAAUUUUCUUCCAGUAAAGAUGAAAGCCCAGCUAUUUAAAUGGUUUCACCCCUUUAAAAUAACUAACAUCUAAUUUCUUCUUACAAUUCCAGUAAAGGCCUCAACUGUAAGGUGAAUAAAUCAAGCUGCACAAGAGUGUGGAUAAAUUCACUAGACCUAAAGUUGUCAGAUAAUAAAUGGAUAUAUUUCUCUUUAUAAUCUUCUAUGUAACACAAAGGAACUGGCCGAGGAAUAAAGGCACUAUUGAUUGCAUGUGAAACAAAAGCAUUAGCUGAUGACAUUUUGAUAUCAGGCAUUAAUUCAUUUAUCUUCUCAUAUUUAUUCGCCCUCAUCUGGCAUACUUUAGGUCUAGUGACAUUUCUAACAUACACAUGGAUUUUGACACUCUUGUGCAGCUUGGAAUGUUAGGAAUGCUAGGAUAAUAUCCUAACAUUUCUGAAAAGUACUUACAGUUGAGGCCACUUGCGUCCCCUCAUGUAAGGAUACAAAAAAUAAAGGAAUCGAUCACCAACGAGAGAAGCUCCUGAUUGUUGACCAAAUUCUCCUUGUCAGAACCUUUGGAAACAUACUGAGAAGAGUAUGGAGACUAUGCAUACUGAUGUUAGGGUGUAAAGAGUUAAGCAGAGAGAAAUUGAGGGAAGUUAAACAGUCUAACAUUAGAUAUGUAUUCUGUAUAGAACAAAAUUAGUAUUAAUAUUUUCUCCUUAAUUUUUUGGUAGGUGGGUUCUCCAACUGCUCUGGCAAACUCAGAUGUUGAAAACUGUCUGCGGUGGAAGGCUUCUAGUGGUAGCCAUGGAAUUUAUAUACCCAGUGGCACUCUUUGGGGUGGUGCUGAUAUCAAGAAAAUGGCAGAUAUAGGGACUCUAAAGGUGUGUAUCUACAAGAUGUAUUAUUAUUUAUGAUUCAUAAAAUAUUUGUGCUAGCCUAUAAAAUAAGUUGGGUGAUAUCUGAAGAUACCACCAAAGUAACAUUGCUCAAUUUUCAAACCUCAUGUCUACUACCAUAAAUCUUUGUUGAAAAUUUAAUUCAAGACAAGAUAACAUUUUAUGGUUGUUACAAAGGAAGGGAAUUUUUUUUGUUUAUAAAGUCAUACCAGAGAAAACUCAAAAGAAAAAAUAUCCACAGCAAACAGUAAGCUGUUCUUAAACAUGUUUUGUGCAUGUUGCAAAAUAUUUGAAGGAUAUAAGAAACACAGUAGCCUCUAUUUUGCACAAAAAUAUAUAAAAAUAGCUUGUAGUUGGCGCAGAAAUAUACAUGGAUAUUUGUUUGUGGACAUUAUCUGUUCAAAGGUGAGGACAGUUUUGCGAGAGCAAAGCUUGCGGAAAACUGUGAACUUUGGAGUUGUAGAUACAGUUAUUGAUUUGUUAUGAUUACAUUUACUAAGCAUAUAUACUAGUAAAUUUUAAUUGCAAUUUUAGGGACUGAAAGUAACAAUGAAAAAGCACCCAUCUUGUUUUAAAUUGAAUGAACCUCUUAAGUCAAGGAAUGAGCAAGUGAACACAGAACCUGUUGUACUGUAUGAUGGUAGGUUUAAAAAGAUUUUUUGUUUCAUAAAUUACCCAAAGAAUAACCUCAGUCUAAUUGUUAUUGAAAAUAAUAUAGCUCUCAUUUUCUUUCAAAUCAAAGCCAUUAUUUUUUUCACCCUGAUUAUAUUCCAAGACCUUCCAUGAAGAUUUCCUAAGGUGUAUUGAGAAGUUAAUAAAUUCUUGAUUUCAUGAGGUUGCUUUCCCUUAUUAAAAGAAUACUCCUGAAAGGCUUAAAAAAGCCAAAUUUUUUGUAGGUGGGCAUGAAAAAUUGGCAGCAUGUGUGGUCUUCAUUAUUAGCAUUCUGGCAAAAGUGUUUUUUUACCCUCAAGGAAGUAUACAGCCUUUAGAAAUGUGAGCCAACAAUUAGUGUCAGACCCCAUGGAAGCUUCUCCUUACUUGUCUCAGAUCUUCCCGUGGGCAGAGAAACACACAUCCUGCCGUACUAUUUAUGAAAGCCUGCUUGUAGGCUAGAGAAAUUGGUUGCCAGGGGUGAACUUGUCUGAGCAAGGGGGAUUUACCUUCAUAAUCACAUCAGUAUUUGUUUCAAAUGUUCUACCUGUUUUCCUGUAGGCCCUGUUCGGGAACUUUGUCCUUUAGCCCCAAACAAUGUGAACACAAUGGCAGCAGCAGCACUGGCAGCCCACAAUCUGGGAUUUGAUAAGACACAAGGAUGUAUUGUGGCUGAUCCAAGGCAAGAUGUAAUCAGUUGUCUGUUGUAAGACUGACAGAUUAAAUUCGUUUUGCAAAUUUUGUUUGCAAAUUUGAUUGAAUACACUUUGCCUCUGUCCUAAAUAUUUCAGGCCUAAAAAAGAGUUUCAGAUUUUCCAUCCAAAGGCAGCUCCACUUUGAAAAUCAUUGAUUUAAUAUGUGGCAAGUUCGGUCCAUUUGAAUACUCUUUUCAAAAAAUGCAACAUACUUUUGUUCUGAAAUCUUUCGAGUAUUCCAAUUAUAAUUCAAUUAGUCUCAGGAAUGCCUCUGUGGCAAUAGAAGUUUAGUAUCCUCAAGUCACAAUCACUGGUUUUCUUUCUAUAAGCACAGCCAUUUUUUUAUUCUCUCACACUUUUUCUAAGAAAAACUCUCUCAAUAGCGAUAUGCAUGACUGUACUCAUGCAAAGUGUCAAUCAAAACUCAACUACAUUCGGGUCCAGUCUCAGAAACUAUAAGCUCUUUGCUAUGGAAACCAGAAUAAACUGGGUAAGCAAUGGGUAAUCAAGAAAGAUAAAUUAACUCUGUACUCGAGUUAAGUGGCUCACCCAAUCAGAGCUUGUUCCUCAUUCUUUAGCGAAAAAACAUGGAGUAUCACUACUCCCCCCAUAGAUGAUCGCAAGGUUACCCCCCCUUCCCCCAAAAAAAGAAAUUAACUAUGCUUCCCUGACAUUUUCCUGGUACCCAUUUUUCUCCUGCUUGGAGAGAGACUCUGUGAGAGUAAGGUGUUUUGCCCAACUAGAUAAUCAGGAGUGCAAUGCUUAUUAAGAAAUCCUGUUUCCUGAAAUCUCUUUUUUAAUUAUGAUGUUCUAUUUCUUAGUCUAAAUGCUCAUAUUGUGCAAGUUGAUGUCUUUGGACCCGGUGAUGAACAAAACCAGUUCACAGUCAAGACUGUGCGCCAUAAUCCAGCAGGAUCUGGAGCCAUCACUGGCAAUGCAACAUAUGCAUCAUUUCUUUGUAGUAUGCUGGGUAAGAACUUACACUUUUAAAGAGUUUGCGAUAUGGACAGCAGAACAGAAGGCAUUAGGAGUGUAGAGGAAUAUUAUAGUACAUUCCAGAACGUUCCAUUUUUUACAUUGUAACUCUAAAGUUGUGUGCUUAGUCAAGCAUAUCAGUUUGUAAUAGGAUAUGAAUUAAUUAUUUAGACUGUUCUAGACUGUUCCCUUGCUUUCCGAAGACUAGCUCAUGCUGAUAUUUUCAAACAAAAUCUUUCUCUUUUUUUUCAGGAGCCCACAGUCAGGGACCUGGACUUCAUCUUUGUUGAAUUAGCUUUCAAAAAAAUUUGUAUUUUUAAGAAUUUUUCUUUUUUGAAAAAAUGGAUCCCAAAUAAAAACACUUUUUGGUAUGUACACAUAUCAGGGAGUGUUCAAGUGAGUGGAU